GGCGACUCCUCCCGGUUCCCGAUUUGCCUGCAGACCAAUCUGCACAAUUGGAAGAAGAUCGCUCACGAGAUGGGCAUCCGCACUUUCUGCUUGCCGGAUUGCGCGAUCCGCAAGCACCUCUACGAUAUUCGCCAGAUCAUCGACAUGAUGAACCCUUCUCUGGAGACUCUUCGCGCCCUCCAAGACCUCAGCUCUUGGGCCCAUGACCAGAUGCUGGACAAGGAGACCGCCGCCCGUCGCCAGAGCGAGACUCGCCUGAAGCGAGGCUUCUAAGCUCUUGUUCUUUGCGCCGCCUGCAUUGAACACCGCAUACAGCUCCUCCAUUCGAGGGAAGUAUGAUGGUUCAUAUUUCGGUUCGAUCUGUCUUGAGAUUGGGGCUGAACUGGUGCUGAUGGUACGUUUUCCGGAACAUAUGGCUCUGAUGAUAACGACGGAAUGUUCAUGACUUUGAUGCCCCGGGCUCUCUGGUUCUUCUGCGUUUUUGGGGUUUCAGUCUUCUAAUUUGCUGAUUAUUAUGGUCUUUUUUGUGUUUCCUGGGAGUUUCCUGGGUUAUCUGGGUUUUUUAGUUUCUCUAGCGUCUGUGGCUACACAUAAUGCUUGGCCAUGGUUUAAUCUAAAUCUGAUCAAAUUUUUCUUCCUUUAUUCCAUUCCGUACGCGCGUAAGUUUGGCCGCGGGUUGUUUUGUUGACCCCAGUUGUACAAAGUGGCACGUGCGGCGACGUCAUCGUGGGAAACGCCAGGCAGCUUCCAGCUUUUCCCAUUUGCUCGUGAAAAGCCAUUUCUUUCUCUGGCCACUUCUGGCGAUCGACUCUGUCCUGUUGGCUGCUCCUAAAUAACUGCUGAAGGGCGAUCAGGAACAAAGCUUGGUCAUGAUACGCAACAACUAGCGAUCGGUCUCCAGAUCUCGACGAGGCCUGAUCCCGACAAGGUCCCUGGAAAAAAAAGUGGGACCACGUUGUUCACCAUGACGGGCCCGUUUCAUACCUAUGGGCCAACCUGCCUGUUGGUAGAUGAAGAACCGGAGCUUUCGAGUCUAUAUGCACUCUCUACGCCGCCAGAAAUUCGUUCUCAUUUCUUCUAUGUUUCAUCCCUGCCAAUCGACGAUCCACUGGCUCCGCUCCCGCCGCCGACAAGCGGUCAAGCAUCGGAAGAUGAAAGGCUGCCUCCAAAGCCGUUCUCGGCCAGAGACAACCUAGCUUUGGAGAAAGCCUGGCGGGAGCUUGGGAAGGCCCGAGAAACCCAGCCGGUUGACAAGAUCGGGCCUUUGCCAGAAACGCCGACGAGAGCUGGGAUCGCUGUUCCAGGCCAAAAAUCAGCCCCCGACGUUGAAUUGCGUCACAAGACGGCAUCUAGAGGAGAUGGAAGUCUAUCGAGCACCGCAAGUACUCCUGUAGAGCAACCGUCGCUGCCAGAUGAGCUGCUCUCACGGAGCGUCAAAGGCCGUUCCGGCCAUACUGCUGCCAGCUCUGAAACCCGGCCCGAGAGCUACGCGGAGCGACGCUUGAUAUUUUCGUCUGCAGAUGAUGACAUGAAGGAUGGUAGUCCUAGCAGGAGCGGUGGUGGUGUUUACAAGAGGAGAGACCGAUCAACGUCGGUGAACGAAUCACCAUCAACAAAACGAAGAAGCACUUCACCAGUCGACCACGACAUGGAGGAUGCUCAUGAUGAGGCUACCAGUCUGCGUGCCAAUCGAUCUCGAGAUGCAAGCAUUAGUGGAUCACCUUUUAUCAGAGCCCCAAUCUCUCAAUCGCACAGCCCCUUCGGCCGUUCGAUUGAAUCAUUACCUCCGCGGGACAGGCCUCAAGAAGGGCAGACUGAGUUGCGGGCUCCUGCCACUCCCCGCUCCGUGCCCAAACCAUCGGGUUUGAGGACCACUGUGAGCUUUGAAGAAUUGACACCGAAUCCGUUGCCUGAGGAGGAUUCUCAGGAGGACUCACAAAUCAAGCUCCCAGUUGGUGCAUCGCGCUUACAUCUGGUCGAGUUGCCAAACUUGAAGAUGAAACCUAUCUACUGGAGCCCGCUUCAUGACGUCUCAAACGUUGUGCGAGCCACGUGGUUUUACAAAAACACCAUGUCGCCCGUGGAGACAGAUCUCGCGAACAGACUAGAGGAGGGAUAUGUCUAUCUGAGACCUUGGACCGAUACUUGGCAAGAUGAACUAAACAGUUGCGUUGAGAAUGGUGCCGAUGCAGAGAUGAAGAUCGUUCACGAACUCUGGCCCAAGCAAGGAUCGCUGUCUACCAGCCGACCUGGUACGGCACAAGAGCCGAACCAGGCGAGCAAUCAGCCUGCUCCAAAUGAGAGUACCGAAGUCUUCAAGUUUGACCCCAACCAAGCUGCCGGAGGGAAGGCUAUUCACGAUGAAACGAUCAACCCUCAUGUCACUUCAAGCGCCAUCUAUGUGGAUGCCCGAAAUGCCCAGAUCCUGAGACCCAGCCUUCUCCCGUCAGUUGCUCGGGGACGGCGACCACUCAGCGCUAUUCGCAAAGGACGCCAAAUUGGCAUCCCCGUGGUUCGAGGUUUCAGUCGCAAGCGGUGGGACCAGCUCCACCCAUCAAAACCCAAUCCCGUCGAUGUUCGCCAGUAUAUCCGAAGAAGCCAAGGCCAAGAUACGGCUGCUGCGCCCGGUGAAGCUGUAUGCUACGCAUGCAAAAUGGAAGAGAUGCGUCCGAGCCCAUCGGACCUAGUAUUUGUCAUUCACGGUAUUGGCCAAAAGCUCUCGGAGAGAAUGGAAAGCUUCCAUUUCACACAUGCGAUCAAUGCCUUCCGUCGCCAGGUAAAUAUGGAGCUGAACAAUGAGCCUGUGUGGCCGCAUGUGCGACAAAAUCAUGGUGGAAUAAUGGUGCUGCCCGUCAACUGGAGGACGACCCUGUCCUUGGAAGAUCCAGCCCUGGAUACCGCAGACACAGAUGACCCAGCGUCCAACAACUUCUCACUCGCCGACAUCACACCCGAGACACUGCCGGCGGUGCGAUCCCUGAUCAGUGAUGUCAUGCUCGAUAUUCCCUACUACCUAUCUCACCAUAAACCAAAGAUGAUCAGGGCCGUUGCAAGAGAAGCCAACCGGAUCUAUCGCUUGUGGUGUGAGAAUAAUCCUGGAUUUCAAGACAGUGGCCGCGUCCAUCUCCUUGCCCAUUCUCUGGGUAGUGUCAUGGCUCUGGAUAUUCUGAGUUACCAGCCAACAAACAUUCCUCGCUUUGAUUUUCCCAACACCCCUCUUCACAGCGACAUCUUUGAGUUUGAUACUAGGAAUUUGUUUCUCUGUGGAAGCCCUGUUGGGUUCUUCCUGCUCCUUAAUAAGGCCACCCUUCUCCCUCGCAAGGGAAGAGAAAAGCCAGGAAGCGAGGGCGAGGAUCGACUGCGCGGUGUUGCUGGAGAGGCUGGCAAGUACGGCUGCCUCGCUGUGGACAACUUGUACAACAUCAUCCAUACAACAGAUCCGAUUUCAUACCGUGUGAAUGCCGCAGUAGACAGCGAUCUCGCCAAUUCGCUUAAAACUGCUUCCAUCCCCAGCUCUACCUCCUCGUUCAUACAAUCCUUUGGCAGUGUCUUCCGAUGGAGCUCAGCGCCUGGAUUUAUCCCAACCACCACACCGAUCCGCCCAGCAGCAGUAGCAAAACUCCCAUCAACUGUCGAAAUGGAGACGCACGACUUCACCCGCGAAGAGAUUGCCGAGAAGCGAAUGCUACUACUCAACGACAACGGCCAAAUUGAUUACUACCUCUCUGGUGGCGGUGGUCCCCUCAGCAUUCAGUACCUGAACAUGCUCAGUGCGCAUAGCAGUUACUGGACUUUGACGGAUUUCGUGCGAUUCUUCGUUGUGGAGGUUGCUCGCAAGCAGGGGCGGAAUGGAACUCUGCUUCCUUUCAGAGCGGAGAAGAAAAAAGAGUGGAAGUACUCCAAGGGUUGAUCUGCUUACUCUUCUUCCUGCCUUUAGUGCAUGGCAAUUUCGAAUACAUUUGCCUGGUUCUUUUAGCUUUCAGCGUCACAGAUAUCAGUGUUUUUAGAAGCAAGACGCGGUUGAUACAAGGAUAUCAUACGAAUAGAAUUUAACCCUUUUUUCAUGUUAAGGAAC